UGAACCCAGCCUUAAGCAAAAGUCUCGUAAAAGUCUCAACUAAAUAGACUGAGACUUUCUGAGAGACAAAUAUAGACGUCUAAACAGUUUGAUAAAUCUCCCCCUACGUCUCCUAAAAGGAGAGGAGGAAAAAACGAAAACGCUAAAAUGUAAUCGCCUGUGUCCUCAAGGGGUUAAACAAAGCAUGCAUGAAGUCUGUCAUGUGACGAGCAGGCAGCCAGGAUGUCUAGGGGGCUGCAGUGCGGUCUUCUAUGUGCUCAUACACGGAUAUCACCUCAUGGACGUUGUGUACAUUGUGCGGUGCACGGCCAUCCCCCAACUUCCGUCACCCACCGUAACGAGACACAGCUCAGGACGCGCAAUAGACCGCCUACGUCCUCGCUCUGUGCUAUUGUGUGAGCGUGCGCAGUAUCGGCGCUCGGCUGCUCAGGUCUGGUUCCGGGACAUAGUGACAGUGACUGGCUGCUCUACACGUGACUUGGUGGCCGGGGCUGGUGAAGGUGGCUAAGGGAUGCUGCCCGUCCUGCCAUGCUGCUCAACUCCCUGCUGAAACUCCUGCAGAGACAGACCUAUACCUGCCUGUCCCACAGGUAUGGCCUCUACCUCUGCUUUGGGGGCAUGGUGCUGAUGAUCGUCUCGGCUCUGCAGUUUGGAGAGGUGGUUCUAGAGUGGAGUCGAGAUCAGUAUCAUGUUUUAUUUGAUUCCUACCGGGACAACAUUGCUGGGAAGUCAUUUCAGAAUAGGCUAUGUCUUCCCAUGCCCAUUGAUGUAGUGUAUACCUGGGUUAAUGGUACUGACCCAGAGCUUGCAAAGCAGCUACGGGAUGUCCGAGAGCAAAUGGAAGAAGAGCAAAGGGCUUUGAGGGAACUUAUUGGAAGUAACAGAACAGAGCCAACAAAGAAGGGUUCUAGUGACAAGAUGCUGGAGUGCCUACUUACCCAUUGUAUCCGUGUCCCAAUGAUUGUGCUAGAUCCUGCCCUUCCUGCCAACACCACUAUGAAGGAUUUACAGUCAGCCAUGCCUUUUUUUCAUGCAGCUAAAUCAUUAUUUCAUGUUGCAAAACCUAAAAACCCAUCAACUAAUGUCACAGUGAUUGCCUUUGAAUCUCAACAAGAAGCGGAAACUGCACAACUGGAUGCACUAUUUGAAACUAGAAAGGAGACUGUAUGGCGAGCCUAUAUGACCACCGACAAAGAUUCUCCAGGGUUAGUACUAAUGCAGGACCUGGUUUUUCUUAGUGGAUUUCCAUCAACGUUCAAAGACACAAAUCAACUAAAAACAAAACUGCCGGAAAGUCUUUCAUCAAAGAUCAAGCAGAUACAGCUGUACUCUGAAGCAAGUGUUGCACUUUUGCAGCUUAACAAUCCCAAAGAUUUCCAGGAACUUAACAUACAAGCAAAGAAAAACAUGACUAUAGAAGGAAAAGAGGUGACAUUGAGCCCAGCGUACUUGCUCUGGGAUCUUAGUGCUGUCAGCCAGCUAAAGCAGGAUGAGGACAUCUCAGCCAGUCGUUUUGAGGAUAAUGAAGAAUUACGGUACUCUCUGAGAUCUAUUGAGAAACAUGCUCCUUGGGUCCGUCAUGUUUUUAUUGUGACAAAUGGCCAAAUCCCAUCCUGGCUGAACCUUGAUAACCCACGUGUCACCAUUGUAACUCACCAAGAAAUCUUUUUGAACACUAGCCAUUUACCCACCUUUAGUUCCCCAGCUAUUGAAAGCCACAUUCAUAGAAUACCAGGACUUUCACAAAAAUUUAUAUACAUGAAUGAUGAUGUUAUGUUUGGAACACAUGUCUGGCCUGAUGACUUCUAUAGCCAUUCAAAGGGUCAAAAGGUGUAUUUGACUUGGCCUGUUCCUAACUGUGCAGAGGGAUGUCCAGGAUCGUGGAUCAAGGAUGGUUAUUGUGACAAAGCAUGUAAUAAUUCUGCAUGUGACUGGGAUGGUGGUGAUUGCCUUGGAAACAGUGCAGCUGGUCGGUUUGCACCUGCAAUGGCUGGUGGAGGUCUUCUUAAUGGACAAGCUUGGCAGCCUGGACUUGGAAUAAGUGGUGUAUCUUACUGUAAUCAGGGUUGUGCCAAUUCAUGGCUUGCUGAUAAGUUUUGUGACCAAGCAUGCAACGUGCUCAGUUGUGGGUUUGAUGCAGGAGAUUGUGGACAAGAUCAUUUUGGAGAGUUGUAUAAGGUAAACCUGCUUCGGAAUCAAACCCGGUAUGUGGUUCCAAAAGGGGAAUAUUUGCCAUACUUUAUCUUUGCUAAUAUGGCUAAGAAGGCAGUGGAUGGAGUCUAUAGUGAUAAUUCAAUCGUUCGGCAUGCCUCUAUUGCUAACAAGUGGAAAACCAUUCACCUCAUUAUGUACCCUGGAAUGAAUGCCACUGUCGUAUAUUUCAAUAUUACCUUUCAUGAUCAAAAUGACAAGGAAUUCAAAAUGCAGAUUUUCAUAGAAGUUGAUACAGCAGAAAAUCUAAAGCGCAACAGCACAAGACCUGUAGAGAAGCAGAAAGGAGUAGUAGUUACUACUUCAGCACCAGAAGCAGAAAUCCUUUUUGAGGACAUCCCAGAAGAAGAACGGUUUCCAAAGAUUAAGAAGAAGAAACCAGAUGAAUAUCACGAUGUUCUUGUACAUAUCCCAUAUGUAAAUGUGUCCUCCCUUCCUGAGGAAGUCCAGCUGGCUCUUCAUAAUCUUGACCUUCAGCUCAGCAAUAAUGAUAUAACAUUAAAAGGAUACAAUUUAUCAAAGCUGGCUCUGCUUCAACCCUUUGUUACCUUAUUUCCACAUACAAAGGAAGAUUUAAAUAUGCAAAGACCUAAAGACAAAACCAUGCCAAAAAAUUUAAGUCCUGAGAAAGCCACAUUUCAUUCAGACAUAUCAGAGCAGCAGAAUGGCAAACAUCCUGUUAGAGGUGAAUCCAAACUUAAUAGCACUGGAGAGCAAGGUUCCAAAUUGCUGAAAGGUGAAAAUAACCUUAGAGAGGACAGCAUCAUUCCAGGGAGAAAACUGCAAUAUCUGCAAAAUUAUGAUGGAUUCCUUCCAUGGGAAAGAAAAAAGUACUUUAAAGACCUGUUGGAUGAUAGAGAUGCAUUGCAGCGUGAGCUUUCUUACAUCACUAAUGGCAAACAAGUAGGCAGGAAGCUUCAAGACACAUUUGCUGAUUCCUUACGCUAUGUGAACAAACUCCUUAAUAGUAAAUUUGGCUUUGCAUCUCGGAAAGUUCCUGCUCACAUGCCACACAUGAUUGACCGUAUCGUUAUGCAGGAUCUGCAAGAUUUGUAUCCAGCCGAGUUUGACAAAACAUCUGCCCAUAAAGUACGACAUUCAGAAGACAUGCAGUUUGCUUUCUCCUUUUUUUAUUAUCUAAUGAGUGCUAUACAGCCACUAAACAUCUCCCAGAUUUUCCAAGAAGUAGACACUGACGGGUCAGGAGUAUUGUCUGAUCGAGAAAUACGGACAUUGGCUACAAGAAUACACCAGCUACCUCUAAGUUUACAGGACCUGACUGGCUUAGAACAUAUGCUUAUUAAUUGCUCCAAAACACUCCAGUUGAACAGCACAUUGGAUUCUGUUGCUCCAGCAACACAAGAAUCGUAUUACGAUCCAAAUUUGCCUCCUGUCACCAAACACCUGGUAACUAAUUGUAAACCGGUUAUUGAUCUGAUACGAAAGGCAUACAAAGAUAAGAAUAAAUACAGGUUUGAAAUUAUGGGAGAAGAGGACAUUGCAUUCAAAAUGAUUCGCACUAAUGUAUCUCAUGUGGUUGGCCAGUUAGAUGAUAUAAGGAAAAACCCUCGAAAAUUCAUCUGUCUGAAUGAUAAUAUUAAUCACAAUCACAAGGAUGCACAGACUGUGAAGGCUGUUCUACGAGACUUCUAUGAAUCAAUGUUUCCAAUUCCUUCUCAGUUUGAAUUGCCAAAAGAAUACCGUAACCGCUUCCUACAUGUGCAUGAGUUACAGGAAUGGAGGAUUUACAGAGACAAGUUGAAGUUUUGGACUCACUGUGUCUUGGGAACAUUGAUCGUGUUUACAGUCAUCUCCUUUUUUGCUGAACAGUUAAUUUCACUUAAAAGAAAGAUUUUUCCACGAAGAAGAAUGCAGAUUGAAGUGAGCCCGGAGAGAAGUAAAGUGUAAAGCAGGAAUGCCUUCUUAUGAGACUACCUCAUUCUGAAGUAUGUGGAUAUGUCAGAAUCUCAGCAAGACGGAAGACAAAAACAGUAACAUUGCACAAACAGCUUGGGAUGGGCUGAGUGUUCUUGCUGCUGUUAGGCAAUUUCCCUUGAUAGGUGUUAUGUCAUAGAGAGAACAUCCUGCACAAGCAUUCUGCAGGGGGCACGGAUGUGUGUGCAAGUCACUGGAAUAUAAUACCUGAGAAUCUGCUUGGGGUCAUGCUUAUGCUUUGAACAACUGACCUUUUAAAACCAAAGGAUAAUGAAACAACAGUGUUACAUGCUGUGCCAUUAAAACAUGGCACCCCAAUGUGGGUAGUUUGAGAAAAAGACAUUUUGAAAAUUCAUAGAACUUGAACCAGUUACACUCCAGUUUGUACUUCUCUUUCCACCCAAAAAAUUGUAUUAACCCCUUAUCGACCACGGAUGUAUAUUCACUUCCAUGGGCGGUUCCCAAUCUGUGAAGCACGUUCAGAAGCGCGCUUCGUAUCUGCUGGGUCCCGGUUGCUAUCAGCAACCAAGACCCGCGGCUAAUACCGGACAUCGCC